AUGAAGGGCCUCCUCCCACUGGCUUGGUUCCUGGCUUGCAGUGUACCCACUGUGCCAGGAGGCUUGCUGGAACUACAGGCGAUGAUUAAGGAUGUGACAGGAAAGAAUGCCCUGAGGAACUAUGGCUUCUACGGCUGUUACUGUGGCUGGGGUGGCCGAGGAACCCCCAAGGACGCCACUGAUUGGUGCUGCUGGGUGCAUGACCGCUGUUAUGGGCAGCUGGAGGAGGAAGGCUGCAGCGUCCGGACAGAGUCCUACAAAUACCGAUCCUCACAGGGCCUGGUCACCUGCGAGCGCGGGUCCUUCUGCGGGAUGCAGCUCUGCUCUUGUGACCGCAAGUUCGUCUACUGCCUGAAGCGAAACCUCUGGAGCUACAACCCUCGCUAUCGCUACUUCUUCAACUUAUUCUGCUUCUAGUCACCUCAGGGGGCUCCCCCUAGACUGAGCCUUUGCUCUCCUAUAACCCUGCCGGAGGUCCCCAGGGAGACUCUUGGUCUCAGACCUCAUUCUUUCUUGGAGGAGCCCCAGGGCAACCCUUCACCCUCUGGAAAGUCCCCAGAGAGUGACUGUGGUCAUGGGGCUUGGCAAGGUCCCAGGGCCUCUGGGCCUCUGUCCCCAUGCUGAGUGCUGUCCCCUAAGCCAGGGCCAGCUGUGCCUCUCCUUUCCCCUGAAGACAGCAGCACUUGUCUCCAGUUAGAAGACCUCCCUGGCUCGCUCUUGCUUUUCAGCUUUUGCAAUCUGAUUGUCACCACCGCCCUCCAGAGAAUUUUUAUACAGAUAGAAGCAAAAUUGCCUCCAUGAAC